AUGGACGGCGAAGACCUAACCCGGUACAGAGAGGCCUCGGAGGCCAUAUUCAGCGGAGGAACCCUGCUUGAGGCACAAACAGGACUCGAGAUCUCUCUCAACGUCGACGGCAACACUACCAGCGGCAGUGGCGGCAGCGGUGUCGGAAACGGCGAGCAAGGAACAGACAGCAACGGCAACAUGGUCAACCACAGCCACAAUACCGCCAAUCCUCGCGGGGGUAUGCCAUCGGCACAGCACCCGGGCCGAUCGACACCGCCGAGAGUCACCGAAUCAUCGCAGCUAGCCCAGGCGGGGCGAUUGGUUCCAACAGGGGAGUAUCAAGGCACGAGUCAGGACAGCACCGGGUCUGUGGAAAGUGGUAGGGGCUUGAGGAACGCUCCCGUGUCGUCGGAAAUUGGCAGCAGCAGCGUCGGCGGCAGCAAGCACGCGUUGAGCGGGCCGGAGGACGGGGACUCACGAGGCGGCGGCGGCGGCGGCGGCGGCUCCGGCAGUGGGGGCACCGCCGGCGUUGUUGAGGGGGCGGGAGGGGGGUGUCGGUGCGGAUGUCACGAGAGGUUGUCAGCAGCGAGCGCGUUCGCUGAGCGCGUGAGGAAAGGGCUCUUCAUAGCGGUCGGAUACACGUGCAGCGCGGGGAUAGGGUGUUCGAAGAUGACGGCAAAGCUCGCCGGGGAGCUGCACAAGCCCGACCAGCAAACGACCAUUCUUCCAGAGCACGCCAUGUCCAUGAUCACGCAGCUCCCGCUCCGCAAGCUGCCGGGUUGCGGGUACUCGACGUGCGCCAAGAUUAAGACCGAAUUCGGUAUCACGGAGAGCCGCCAACUACAGGGGGCCCCGUGGCCUCUUCUCGUCAAGGCAGUGGGUACCAAGCUCGCGAGGGUCCUGUUCCUGCUGUGCAGGGGAGAAGACUCCACCCCUGUGUUGCCGUCGGUUCGGCCCAAGACCAUGAGCGACGAGGACUCCUUCAAGCGUGGUACCGUCCGAUCGCGACGUCAGGUGGAGCACCACGUCCGCCGCCUCGCCAUCCCGCUCCUGAAGCGCGCCGGGGAACGCGCACGCCUCCACAAGGAGGCCCCGGAAACCCUGCGGUUCGGGUUCCGCCGCGCUAGCAAGGGGUACGGCGUCCGCGUGUCCCGCCAGUGCCCGGUGUCUUCCGGCGUCGCGGCGGCGUUCGCAGUUCUGCCGCCGGCAGCGGCAGCAGCGGUGGUGACGGGAGCGUCCGCCGCCGGGACCCGACAGAAGCAGCAGCCCGAGACUGCGGCGACAGAGGCAGCCUUGUCCGAGGCGGUGAGGCUGGUGAUGGCGCUGUUCGACAAGAUGGUCCACCCGGAGGAGGAGGAGAAGGGGACACUGGAUCUGACGCUGCUCUCCGUAGGCCUCGCCGGGUUUCGAGGCCUUGGAGGCGGGGCGCAGUCGGGGAUGGCAAGAUAUCUCGAGGCGCCUCAGCCCUCACGUCCAACGGGCGGCAGCAGCGGCCCCGCCCGAAGCAGCACCAGCCAAACAAAGACACGUGGCAACAAUGAAGGAGCCGCUGCUUUCGACAGUACUGCCGCCGCCCACAGCACAGGCAGUGCUUUGCCUUCCCCCCAACUACCUCUUCGUGACAAACGAAGCUCCUCGCCCGCCCCCGCGAGCUCAAAUUCCAUGGACCGUCCCCGGCUAGACGGCAACAACUCCCCCGCCGGUCUGUCGGCUCCGGCUCCUCGGUUAUGCACCUCCGAACCUCGAUCUGUAGCGGCAGUGGCUGCUUCCGGCGCGGCUAUCAACGGUUCUACGGUAGAUUCAGCUACCGCCGCAGCAGCCGUAACAUCUGGCGGAGAUGGUGAAUCGUCACGAGCGGCGGCGGCGUCGGGGAAGAAACGCCGCCUCCGGCCUGUGGAAAACCCGUACCGCGUAGCACAGCCGCAGCGGCGGCAAGAGCGGCACCGACAUCGUGAAGGAGGGGGGGGCACGCAGACGCCGCGAUUGGAGCGGGACGGGCUAGGCGAUCGACUUGUGAAUGAAACAGCAGCAGCAGCAGCAGCGGCGGCAGCAACAACAUCAGGACCAGCGACUUCUGUAAGCCGAGCCGAUGCUGACGGCGGUGCCAGUGAACACGACGAAUGGUACGGAGCGGAGGUGCUGGUCGUCGGGGAAGGGGGACGCACGGUGGUGGGACGGGGGGGCCUGGAGUGGUGUGGUCCUUGCGGGGCGCACGUGCUACGCUCAGACAGGGAGGAACACGCCUCCUCGGGUUUUCACCAGGCCCGCGUACAGCGUUCAAGGUUAAGGCUUCAGAAGUGA